GGCAGGCAGUGUUUUCCGUCCUCUCUCUGUCCUGCCUGCUUAGCGUUCUCUCACUGCUUUUCUUCACUGUUCUUGCACGAAAGAGAUCUAGGGUGACAGGAAAGUGAUGAUUCAUCUGACAUCAGAUUGAGUUCUUUUUAUUUGCCCUUUUGUUGGCCUCAGUCUCUGAUAUUGGGAACAUCCGUGUUAUGUUUGUGAAUGUUUUUAUUUCACGGAAGACACACAUGGAUUGCAGUGGGACUCUGAUGAUUUAAAGGUCUGAUGCGUGUGGCUGUCUGGUAGCUCUUUGUUUUCCACAAUCCUUUGACCAGAAAAAGAAAUCAAAGUGUGUUUUAAUCAUGCUGACCAGCGAGGGCCAGGGAUUCCUUCACUUUGGUUUGUGUCUCUGGUUGUGUAUGUUCAUACCUUUCUUUAAAGGCUCUGCAGGCUGUGCAUCUGAAGAGAGGCUCUUUCACAAACUGUUUUCUCAUUAUAACCAGUUCAUCAGGCCUGUGGAAAACGUUUCUGAACCGGUCACGGUGCAUUUUGAAGUGGCCAUCACACAGCUGGCCAAUGUGGAUGAAGUAAACCAGAUCAUGGAAACCAAUCUAUGGCUACGUCACAUAUGGAAUGAUUAUAAAUUGCGCUGGGACCCAAUGGAAUAUGAUGGCAUUGAGACUCUUCGUGUUCCUGCAGAUAAGAUAUGGAAGCCUGACAUCGUUCUCUACAACAAUGCUGUUGGUGACUUCCAAGUUGAAGGCAAGACAAAAGCUCUUCUUAAAUAUGAUGGCAUGAUAACCUGGACUCCACCAGCUAUUUUCAAGAGUUCCUGUCCUAUGGAUAUCACUUUUUUCCCUUUUGAUCAUCAAAACUGUUCCCUUAAAUUUGGUUCCUGGACAUAUGACAAAGCCGAAAUUGAUCUUCUAAUCAUUGGAUCUAAAGUGGAUAUGAAUGAUUUUUGGGAAAACAGCGAAUGGGAAAUUGUUGAUGCCUCUGGCUACAAGCAUGACAUAAAAUACAAUUGUUGUGAGGAGAUAUACACAGAUAUAACCUAUUCUUUUUACAUUAGAAGAUUGCCAAUGUUUUAUACCAUUAAUCUGAUCGUCCCUUGUCUCUUUAUUUCAUUUCUAACUGUGCUUGUCUUUUACCUCCCUUCUGACUGUGGUGAAAAGGUGACACUUUGUAUUUCAGUUUUGCUUUCUCUGACUGUGUUUUUGCUAGUAAUCACGGAAACCAUCCCAUCCACGUCUCUUGUGAUCCCACUGGUGGGUGAGUACCUACUGUUCACCAUGAUCUUUGUCACACUGUCCAUUGCGGUGACUGUGUUUGUGUUGAACAUACAUUAUCGCACCCCAACGACACACACCAUGCCCAAGUGGGUGAAGACAGUUUUCCUCCAGCUGUUACCCCAGAUCUUGAUGAUGAAGAGGCCUCUGGACAAGAUGAAGGAGACAAGUUCAGAUAAAAAUUCCAAAGGCAUUUCUGGUAGGCCCACCAAAGUCAAUUUUGAUAAUUGCAGAGAGACCAAACUUCCUAAAGAAUGCUGCCACUGUCAUAAAUCAAGUGAGCUUGCCACCAGCAAGAGAAGAUUAAGUCAUCAGCCUUUACAAUGGAUGACUGAAAAUUCAGAGCACUCGCCUGAUGUUGAAGAUGUAAUUAACAGUGUACAAUUCAUAGCAGAAAACAUGAAGAACCAAAAUGAAACAAAGAAGGUAGAAGACGACUGGAAAUACGUAGCCAUGGUGGUGGACAGAGUAUUUCUUUGGGUGUUUAUAAUUGUCUGUGUGUUUGGAACUGCAGGGCUAUUUCUACAGCCACUAUUGGGGAACACUGGAAAGUCUUAGGAUGUAUUUUCCUUUUAUCUUUUGAAACUUACAGAUGCUGUAUUUGUUCUAUGUUCCCUUCCAUGAGGAAAGGGACAUAAAGCUUUCCACCUAAGUCCCCCAUCUACUGAAGCUGAUGGUUAGAUGGAAAAAGAGGACUAUAUUGCAAAUUUGGAGGCUGAAUGCCCUCCUUUGUAGCACAGAGCACAUUUAAGAUGUUUGAUAACACUGGAGCCCAGAGUUGGUGGCACCCACAGGCUUCUCUUCUCUGUACAUGUUUGACUUCCAGGGACAUAACCCAUAAUACAACAAGCCAUGUAAUCAACAUCAAAGCCAUGCUAAAAAGGCAUUCUCUUGUACCUCCAGUUUAUGCUACUUGUCAGUAUAUUGACACAUGCCAGACACAAAACUCUGGAGCUUGUACCUUGCUGGCAUCUGCAAUGCUUGGGAACUGUUAUGUGCUUGCUUUCUAAUACGUGCCUCUGGGAUGUACUCACACACUUCAACACUUUUUGAUAUAUUAAUUGGCAAAAAGUAAUAGCAGGUAGUCAGAGUCGAUCUCAGCAGGCUGCAUCAAGUUAGCAUUCAUCUGGCAAGCAGCUUGAGUGGUAACCCAGCACUGUGCUAGGCAUUGCAAGCACAACAGAAAUGGGUUCUGUCCCCAGGUGCUUGCAGCUUUUUAGGAAAAGUCAUAAACACAAAGAUCUCCAAGACCAGGUAUCAUGGGAAUGUAACUAAAGCAGCCAAAAUAAGGAGAGCAUGAUGUGGUAUGGCCAUGCAAACAUGAAGCAGGCUUUGCGGCAGGUCAGAGAGGUGUCUGUUCUUGCCAGCAGUUUCCAUAUGUUCAUUGUAGCUGAGACUGCAAAUAAAGUUAUUUCUUCUGCAAGAAAUUGUGAUUUUGUACCUUUUUGGAGCAAUACCUUUUCUGAGAAGGAGCACCUUGGGAAUUCUGUUUUAUUCCACUCUAAUUUAUCUUCAUGUUUGUUGUAUAAAUGUUAUUGUAAUUUUAAAGAUAUAUUUCAAAGCAGAAAAAAAUAAAUCUACCCUAACAAAGAAACUAAUUUCAUUUCUGCCUUUUCUUGUCUCAUCCUCUUCUCUGUGCACCCAUAAUUUUACACUUCAAUUUUACCUUCUAAUUUUGUAUGUUGCUGUUUUCUCAAAACAUGUCAGGCGACAUUUUUCCAUGAUGUUACGUAGCCUUGAAUGUGGGGUGUCCUGACUUUGUGGGGGCUGGCAGUGCGGGCAGUGGAAGAAUUUUCAUCCAAGGCAGAACAACAGAGAUAAAGGUUUAUUGAAUACAGGGCCAGGGAGCAGGACAGCAGAGGAGAGACUGCCUGCAAGGAGGCAGUGGGUAGAGGUCAUAUUUAAAGCUGGAAGAUGAGGAGGUAUGGGGAACAUAUGAAAUUUUCUCUUUUUUGGUACCUGUGCCUGUUUGUAAGUAGCCCAUUGGUCAAUUAGGGCCUAUGGCCAUUUUGAGGUGGGUCACUUAAUGGCUGGCAGUCCUCAUGGGCCCUUUUGCCUUGCUUAGGUUUCCAUUGCUCAAGCCCGUUGCCCAAAAAUGGCCUCUACAUUGAAGUAUACUUUUUAUGAUUGCAUAAUCUCCAUUGUGUUGAUACUCCAUAACUUCUAUUACCUCAUGUUCGUUCUUCCUUGUCUACCUUAUCCAGGAGCAUAAGGCUCACUGUGGUGUACCAGGCAGAGGUCUUGAACUUGAGCUGGAACUCUGUUUUAAAGUAUGUUUACUGCCUCUCAUAUUUGUGAUCAUAUCUAUAUUUUAUCUUUCUUUCUUACAAUGGGUUUGGUUUACUUCAUACAUUUUUCUUAGUACUAAGUCAAAUCAAUAUUUA